UAGCGCGGGGAAUUUCGAGUGGCAGUGGAGCGCUGGAGACCAGUGGGUCGCGGACCCUCCACCUUCUUUAGGGGAGGCUAUGGACUCCCUAGUAGAGCCCCGGUGGCCUCCGGGCCUGGCAGUCAUGAAGGGAAUGGAGAAGGAGUUCUGUGGCAGAUGUUCCAGUCUUGGUGGCUUUCUGAUAGACUGUUCUCUUUGUAUAAGAAAAUUUCUGUCCUAUAAAACACAAUGUCCAACUUGCUGUGUGACAGUCACAGAGCCGGACCUGAAAAAUAACCGCGUAUUAGAUGAACUGGUAAAAAGCUUGAAUUUUGCACGGAAUCAUCUGUUGCAGUUUGCCUUAGAGUCACCACGCAUCUCUUCUGCUUCCUCCUCUUCAAAGAACCUUGCUGCCAAAGUGCACACUUCUGUAGCCUUCAGACGUUCAUUAAAGCAAGAAAGCAGGCUAAUGGAGAACUUCUUGAUUAGAGAAGCUGGUGGUUCUGUGUCAGAGUUGCUGAUAAAAGAGAAUGAAAGCAAAUUCAGCCCUCAAAAAGAGCUGAGCUCUUCUGCAAAGACCAGAGGGACACCUUCCGUAGAAAAGUCAGCUCCGGGUUUCUCAGAGGCUAGUGUUCCUGAGACACCCUCUACAUCGGCCUUGAAAGAAGUUACUAAAGUGGAUUGUCCUGUUUGUGGAGUUCAUAUUCCAGAAAAUCACAUUAACAAGCACUUAGACAGCUGUUUAUCACGUGAAGAGAAGAAAGAAAGCCUCAGAAGCUCUGUUCACAAGAGGAAGCCACUGCCUAAAACUGUAUAUAACUUGCUCUCAGAUAGAGAUUUAAAGAAAAAGCUAAAACAGCAUGGAUUAUCUGUUCAAGGAAACAAACAGCAGCUCAUUAAAAGGCACCAAGAAUUUGUACACAUGUACAAUGCCCAGUGUGAUGCUUUGCAUCCUAAAUCAGCUGCUGAAAUAGUUCAAGAAAUUGAAAAUAUGGAGAAGACUAGGAUGCGUCUUGAAGCUAGUAAACUCAACGAAAGCAUAAUGGUUUUUACAAAGGACCAAACAGAAAAGGAAAUAGAUGAAAUUCACAGUAACUAUCGUAUAAAACAUCAGAAUGAAUUUCAGCGUCUGGUGGAUCAAGCCAAAAAAGGAUAUAAGAAAACUGUUGGAAUGUCAAAAAAAAAAGUAAAAGAAGAAGAUGAAUCUACAGAAAAGCUAUUAUCUGUAUGCGUGGGACGGGAAGAUAAUAAAAUGAAAUUCUCAGAUAUACCCUCGGUAACAAACCACUUCCCUCAGUCAAAGCUGGACUCCCCAGGGAAACUAGAGCCUGACAGACCAGAUGAUUCUUCCAGCUGUACUGAUAUUCAAGAGGAAGCUCUUUCUUCACCAGAGUCAGAGUCAUGCAAUAGAUUUGAUAUUCUUUUUGAGCACCUAGAGACUGAGAAGGAAAGGACCCACAAACUCAAAAGAAAAAUGGGCAAAAGCCUUGAACAGACGGUUUGCCCAGAGAGAAAUGCAAAUUUCAUCUAUUUCUCACCCGUGAGUUCCAGUUCAGACAUCAUAAGAGAUCUUCUAGAAGAAGAGGAAGCCUGGGAAGCAUCGCAUAAAUAUGAUCUUCAAGACACAGAAAUAAGUCCCAGACAGAAUCGUCGCAUGAGGUCCACUGAAAGUGCUGAGCUCGAGCCAAGAAAUAAGCGGAACAGGAAUUAGUGUGGGUUUGUUGACUUUCCCAGUGCAGUCAUCAGAAGAUGGUACUUUUGUUGCCAUGGUGAUUUCAUAUUCAUAAUUGCCCAAGUGAAGAUGUUACAUUCUAAAUAUUAUGUUUAACUGAUUUUUAUUCUUUUCUGCCUUUCUAGGAAAAAAAAAAAAACCUUAGAAAGCAUCCUCACUUGGUCAGUUACCUCCUGCCCCUAAAACAUCUCUCUCUAAAAAUACUGGCAUCCACACAUUCACCAGCUUUGCAGAGGACAGAGACUUUUUGGCAAAAGGGUUUUGUUUGAUUUUGUUUCUAAAUUUCAGAAUGUCCUUAAGCCAUUCUCCUCUUCCAUGGAGAAGCCAACUUCAAAAAAGGAUCCUUUAACCCCUCUACCACAAGGAGUGGUUGAGGCAUUCAGAGCCACUGUGUUUCUGGAAAGGUAGAAUGUCCUAACUCAAGUCCUCCGUGAGCGUGAGCACACGAGGCCUGGAGGCUGAUGCGCAUGUUACAGCUGUUUCAGGAUGGUUGUUGCCCGAGUUUCAUGUGGUUGUUAGUUAGACCUGUGUCUUACACUUUACUUGGAGUACGAUGUUAGUACUGUAACCUAAAGGCACAAAACAGUAACUUUGAAACAUUAGGCAUAUUCUUCAGAAACGGCGCUUACAAAUGAUUCUUUCGUCUUUUUUUCACUUGGGUAAAUCAAAUCUUUAACACUUUGAAUCCCAGCUAUUAAAUGGAAAGAAUGCAAUAAAUGAAUUUUGUCACUGAGUAGACUCUAUAUCUAUUUAAAAUAAAGUCCUUGAAACAA